UCUGUAGUAUUGAUGGCUGAGUUGAUUCAUCAUUCAAUGUUCAUUUUUCUCAUCUUCCAAUGCGUAAGUGGAUUUUUAAUUGACAGCACUACGCCCAAAUAUGCCGGCGUUAUAACUGACAAACAUUAUAUUGCCGUCGUUGAUUUGCUAAUGGAGGAAAGACAAGCACGACAUCUUUUAGAGCACGUUGUUACUAGCUUACAACAGAAAGUGCAAUCUCUUGAACAAAAGGACAUUUCGAAGCAUGCGCAGGAAAUUUCUGCUUUGCAACUGCAAGUCAAUGGUCUAGUUGCUACGUGCAGUUUAAGUCAAAACAAUUUCGGAGUAUUAGAAGGCAAAAUCAAAGACUUGGAGAUUAAUUAUACUUUGUUGAAGGAUGAAAACCAGAAACUAUCACAAGACGUUGCAACUCUGAAACAAACCCAAUCAGUCGUCAGCAUUGAAAAUUUAAAACAGCAAGUACAGGCAACAUCAAACAAAGUGAACCAACUCGAAUAUAACAAUAUGGUGAGGAAUCAAGAUAUAAUCGCCAUUUCCAAUAUAACCCGUCAGAACCAAUUGGAUGUCAAAACUAUUGGCCACAAACUUACCCAGCAAAUCACAUCCGUUGAAAGGGUAUUUCGAGAAAAAUCCCGAAAUGACACAGUUGUUUACCGAGAGUUUAGCAAAGCCUUGGAUUUGAAAAUAGCAAAUUUGGCAGCUAACCAGAGUAUCCAAGUAGCAACAUUAGCACAGCAAAAUUAUCCAGUUGCUCUCACUGCCUGGAAUGCAGGCGGGGAUGUUACCAUUGGAAGUGAAAUAAAAUUCAAUGAAGUAAAGACAUCGACUGGAAUAAGUAACCUGUCGGCCAUUAAUUCAACUGGAACCUUUAAAGUGGAAGUAGAUGGCGUAUACAUAAUUGCAGUUACAGUGAAUUCUGGUACAAAAGAUUCGGGGUUCGAAAUUCAUAAAAAUAACAUUACUUUAUCUCAAGUUUAUAUCCAAGGAAAAGUCGGAGAUAAUGAUCAGAGUGGAACAAGUGUGGUUUCAACUGAACUACGCAUGGGGGAUUCAAUAAGUGUUCUAGCAUCUGCUGGAGACAGGAAAUCAGGCAUUGUUCAUGUUGACAAGGGUUGGUCAACAUUAUCUAUUAUUAAAAUAUAA